AUGGCGCUUGGGGACGUGGCAUUCUGCUUGUGCCUGGUCGGGGCCGAACCGGUUCCAGUCUGUGGGUGGAUCGUGGAUUGCUCCGAUAGUGAAGUGGUGCUUGGAACUUCGAAUGAUUUGACCCAGCUGGAGAACAGUGCCGUGGGAAAAGCCGGGGACGUUAGCGUGCGGUUUGUGCGGGUGCCCAUUGCCUCUAUCACAGAAACUGUUCCUGCAGCUUGGAAGGGGUUGAAGCCGAAGGACCUCCCAUCAUACAAGGCAUGUACUACAGCAUGGCCCAAGGUAAAGACGACAGAUUUGGGAAGCAGCGGGGCCGAGCUGCCCAGAAAGCAGAAGCCGGAGCGACCUCUUCCUCGGGGGACCUCCUUAGGCAGGGAUCUCGAGAAGCUUCGGCGGGGAGAGGAGAUUCCGAAGCGCGGGCGUGCAUCGAGCAGUUUUCUCCCCCCAGGGGGCCGAGAGAUCGGCCGCAAGAAGGGAGACAGCAGGCAGCGAGAGAGCAGCCCGGAUCUUCGGAAAGCCCUCUUGAAAGGUCUUGCUUCGGGCCAGCCGGCGGCCGACCUCAUGCCGGCGAUGAUGAUGGCGCUCCUGCUGGACAAGGAUCGCAAGGGGGGCCGCAAGAAAGGCCGCGAGGAUCCCGACGAGCUGGGCAUCCUUGGUGGUUCCGACUCCGACGACUCGGGUAUCGAAGGCGAGGCCAAAUCCAAAGGCAUGCGAGCGGUGGUGACUUUGAACAAACUUCACAAGCAUAUCAAGACGAAGCCCAACCGGAUCUGCAGCCUCUUCGAAAAGGAGGUGAUAGAGGAUUUGGGGAUUGACUUCGUUCGAAAGCAACAUUGGGGAAAAUUCAAGGGCAUUUAUCGGUGUGCCAUGAUGGACGUGGCGGUGUACGAGUACUUGAGGAACAAUCAGCCGGAGAUUGCGGCGGCCCAGGUGGUGCAGAACUUGAAGGCGAAGAUGCAGAGUGUCUUGCAGGGCGGGGAUUGGUCAGCGGCAUGGUUGCUGACGGGCUUGCCGGACCCCUUGGCGAGGAGAGAGUUCGCGGGCAGCAAGGAGGAGAUGGCCCGGCUUCAGAAGAGGGUGAAGGAAGCGCAGAAUGGCAAGAACCACGGCGACGAGGAGGACGAGGGCGUCCAAGGUCAUAGGCUGGAGCGGUCCGGCAGCGAUGUCCCGCUAUUUCCAUGCAUGCUGCCCUAUCCGGAUGCCGUGGUCACUGAAGGUGAGACGAUGGGGGAAGGCCAGGUGUGUGAGUGGUGGUCCCGGGCUUUCGUUAACACGUUUAUGGCUUGGGGCAACUUUGUCACCCUUGGCUGUCCUCGUCCCGGGGGCAGUGCGUAUGAGCCGCGAGUGGGCUACUUGAGCAUGGAAGGCAUUCGGGCCUUUGCUGAUAAGCUCCUUGGCGAGGUACGUGAAUUUGUUUGUCUGGAUCUUGUGUUGGGUCGGCUUUCUUGUGAUGGCAAGAAGGGGGCGAUAGACGCCUUGAUCUCGGAGGUCCAGUGUACAGUUGGUGCAAGCUAUUUCAAGCAGUUUGGUCAGGUCGAUGGUGGCAUGGUGGGCACAGCUUUGCCCGUGGCCGCCGAGCGGGUGGCAAUUCCUGAGAAGGCGGGGACGGUGGACCCGUGCGAUUGGUUGGAGCCCGAUAAAGCACAUAUCCUCAAUAACCUGGAGCAGCAUCGUUUGCCAGAGUACUUGUGGUCGGAUGUGGUCAGGGCUUGUCAUCGCGUACCCCAGGAGGAGGAGGCGCCUUUGGCGCGCCGUCUCCUCGAGGCGGACGUGGCGGUGCUGGUGCCGGAGAGUGAGCUUCCGCGGAACCAGGCGGGGGACCUUAUGCCGGGUGGCUUAUUCUGCGUAGCGAAGAAUCAGAAGGAGGACCGCUUGAUAUUUGACAGGCGGCCUGAGAACGGCACGAUGGAGAGAUUGAGGUGGGCGCGACUUCCCGCUGGUUCGUGCUUCUGUCGGAUGCUGUUGCGAAGUGAUCAGUUUUUGAGGGGUUCGGGGGAUGAUUUGCGUACCUACUAUUAUAUGCUGAAGCUUCCCGACAGUUGGGUGAGAUUCAACGCCGUGGGCCGCCAGGUUGAGCGAUCGAUUGUCGCGGAGUUCGGUGGCAACCCUCAGAUACCGUAUCGGUUGUGCUUCAGGGUCUUAGGGAUGGGCGACCUCAACGCUUGUGAUGUCGAGGCUGUCCUCCGCAAGCACGGCGUCUUGAACCCAGCCAACACCUUGCACUACGGGGAACAUGUUCCUGAAAGUGACCUCUGGGAGGGUGCGUACCUAGAUGACUUGCUGAUUGCCCAGAGGACCACCCUGCCCUUUGACAUCCCCCUAGACGGCAGCUUCACGCCCCCCGCCGCCCAGGUCAACGAUCAGGACUUUGAGCAGGUGAAGGCGGCGGAGACCGCUUAUGAAGCAGCCGGCUUGGAGAGAGCAGUGCACAAAGCCUUUCGUUUUGAACCUCGCUUUCGUGCUUGGGGCGCGGAGGUCGAUGGGAUUCGAGGGCGAGUCGGAACUCCGCGGGAUGCUCGACGCCAAGUGUGGAUGCUUCUUUUCAAGAUUGUCACGGGUGGUUGGUGUUCCCGCGAGGUGCUUCAAAAGGUGGUGGGGUACCUCGCCUUUGUGUUCCAGUAUCGUCGCGAGUUUUACGGCUUGCAGCACCAUGUGUACCGGUACAUUGCAAAGAUGCCCGAUAAGAAGUGGGUACGGCUGCCAGGCUACAUCCUCGACGAGCUCAGGAGCUGUUCGCUCCACCUUCCAUUUGCCAGGUGGGACAUGCGACGCGAGAUCAGCUCCAGCCUCUUAGCGACAGAUGCCACGCCGAGUUCAGGUGGAGCCGUGGACGCUCCGAUUUCGGAAGCUUUGGCGCAGGCCUUGUGGAAGCAUGCCGAGUUGAAGGGUGAAGCCGUUCGAUUGGAUGGGUCAGGUGCCUUGGAGUGGCUGGCGCCACGACCGAUGGAGGCCUCGCGAUUCGCCAGCUCGGUAGCUUUGUGCCUUCCUUGGCGAGUGGUUAGCAGUUACCAUUUUCGAGAGACGAGCCACACCAAUCUCCAGGAGGCCCGUGCGCUGCGGAAGGAAGUCAUCCGAUUGGCCGCGAACCCGGCCAACCACAACCUAGUGAUCCUGGCCCUCAACGAUUCCCGGGUAGUCCUAGGCGCUUUUGUCAAGGGCCGCAGUAGCAGUCGCAAAUUGAAUGGGAUUUUGAGAGCGAUGAUCCCACACUUGGUCGUGUCCGGCAUCUCCUUAUCGUUGCUGUGGGUUGAGACUGAAGCCAACGUCGCCGAUGCACCGUCGCGUUUUCGGUCGCUGCCUGCACCCCUUCCGGCUCCCAGGUGGCUUCGUGAACUUGGUGUCCAACGUCGAGGCGGAGCACUACCAGGGCUUUUAGGAGUUGAGGUUUUGGUUGGUUCAGCUUGUUUGACCGCAGCCGCGAAGGACAGAGGCUUGGACAUGUUGGCCCCGAUCGAGCUGAGCUGGGACCGGGACGUUUUUGAGACGUGGGUGACUCAGCUGUUUGCGGGAGGUGAUUUGUGCUGGGCCUGGAUUGCGCCUCCGCGGCGAACCUUCGUGCGAACGGGUGGCUCCGAUGGCAGGCGACUCUGGCGGCCUCGUGAACAACCCGAGGGCGAUCCAGAGCAACCGGAGGUGGCUGUGGAAAAUGCUCUUUGGCUGCGGGCGCUAGAACUAGCACAUCUAGCCGUCGCGCAGGGGAUCUUCUUUGUGCUUGAGCACCCGAAGCGGAGCAGGGCAUGGAGUUGGCCAGAGACCCAGAAGUUGCUGUCAACCGAGGGCGUCAAGUUGCUGCAAGUGGAUUGGAGUGCGUGCGAUCGGGAGGAGCCUGAGUUUGUUGGUGGUGGUAGCAAGUCGCGCCUGUUGACCAAUGCCCCAUGGCUCGAGAGAGUCGUGCAGCGAUUCCCAGGCGGCCCCAAGCAUGCGCAUGUACAUCCCAGACCAGGCAGUAUCCCGCCAGCUUUUGUGGUGCAUUUAUCGAUGCGUUGGUCAACUGGUCGGAAGCGGGUGCCUCUGCGGCAUGCCGCUUUGAGUGUUGAGUAUCGUCAUAACCUUCGUGAGUCCUCGGCGUGGCUUUUGAACAAAGCGAGGGAGCUGGGGGCCAAGUUGACGCGGCGCUCUUCGUCGCGAACGGUGGAUCGCAUUCUUGAGGCUACAGUGGAGCGCUGUUACCAGGAGGGGGAGAGGUUGUACAAAGUGACACUAGGAGUCCUGGGGCUGCAGCGUGCAUUGCAAAUCUCGGGGCCCCUCCUUCGGGGUACUUGGGCUGCGAUCCGGGGAUGGCGAUCAUUACAACCAGUUAAGUCCAGAGUGCCAAUGUCAAAGUAUGUGCUGGAGGGACUGCUUGUGGUCUUAACAGCUCGCGCACUAAGAGAGGUGGGCCGAGUACGGGAAAGAUUCUUGGCCGCCAUGUUGGCGUCGUGGAUCUGCUUUGAAGCUCUGUUGCGACCGGGUGAAGCUGACAACUUGCUGGUAGGUGACGUGUGUUUGCCGGAUCCCGGACUUCCCUCGGAUGAGGCGGUAGGCCGAUACCUGUGUUUACUCAGUUUUGUUUCCAGCUUUAUUCCGCAGCUUGCAGACGUGUCUGCUCGCUUUGCUGCUCUGGAAACCUUCUUUCAAACCGUUGUUGACGCUCGGUGUUCUGUCUUGGAGCAGAGACUCGCCACGGUGGAGGUCACGAACCAGGCGGUGCUUAAUUCUUUGCGGCACGUAUCUGGUGAAGUUGAGAACCUCGAGCAUCGCUUUGCUGCUUUUGAGUUUGCCAACGGCCCGGUUAGUGAGGACGACUUUGCUGCCCUCAGGCAGGAACUGCACGAGGCCUUGAAUCAGCUUCGUCAACGGGUUGAUCGUGCUGUGGCUGCUUUGGAAGCUCAGACCACGGCCGUCACCAUGGCUUCAGAUGCUUUUUGUGAGCAUUUGCAGAACUUGGUUUCAGAUGGUUCGGAUGAUGCAGCUGACAGGCCGCGUUUGGUUGUCAAGCGCUACCGACGCAGUCAGGACCCCGAUGCUGAAGCGGCAGCUGCGGCCCCGUGCUUUCAGGAUACUUUACCAGACUCGCCGGCGACCUCUGCUUCAUGGAGUGUUCUUUCAGCCUCGGCGGCUAUGAACCCACGUGCUCUUUGCUUUGCAGAUGUGCAGACCCACCUGCCUUUUCAGGCAACGCCUGUACCUCGACCUGGUUAUCCUUUGCAUGGUCGCGAGCUCGCUCCUUUCCGAGUGGAUGGUUUUCGUGGUGGCGUCAGCCCUGUUCGGCCCAGGGUUUUCCGACCAUUAGCUCGUCCGAAGCCAGCCCCUUAUUGGGGGCCUCGUCGCAAUGUUGCUUUGCCUGCAGGGAACCCACGGCCGGUGCCUACGUUUGCUGGUGCCUCUGCUUUGAGCACGGGACCGGUGCAUAGGGCCCGACAUCAGACUGUCCGAGCCGACGCCCAUCACUCUGCAGCUGUGGGUUCUUUUUCGUUAUCGGCAACUGGCUUGCAGUGUGGCUCUGCUCCUGCUUUGACAGGCAGCUUCAAAUCCCCGACAUUGCCCAGGCCAAAUGCUGCUUUGGGAUCAGUUGUGACCUCGGUGAAGAAGCAUGCAGUUAACUGGCAAUUGGUGCUUUCUUUGUGGCGAGAUCUCGUUGAUCGCCACGCGUCAGUUAGCGAACCUUUCUCUGGGCUGGCCGACAGUCGGCACAAGGAACGGAUGCUCCAGAGCAUGCUUUCACGGAACAGUGACACAACAUUGCUUCGUUACUUGCGCUCUGUCUCGAGGUUCUUUGAUAUGCUUCAGGCUGCGGGUCACCACAUUGGCAAGCUUUCUCAGCACCAUGUCAUGGAUGUACUGCUUUGCUGUCAAGAAGAGAACUCCGAUUCUUUGAGUUUGCCGCUUAACAUGAUCAAAGCCCUUCGCUGGUACCUUCGGGUUUCUUUGAUCGCCUUUCCUUCUUUGUAUGGGGGGCUUUUCAUUGCGGCCACUGCUUUGCCAGAUGGCGAGAGGAAGGAGGCCAUGCCCCUUCCCUUGAUUGUGGUCGUGGAGCUCGAACGUCUUGUGCUGAAUGUGGAGGCAGCAGUGCAGGAUCGAGUCAUCGCCGGAGCCCUGCUUUGCUGCGUUUGGGCUUCCCUUCGCUUCAGUGACUCGCAACACUUGCUUUGGAGCUCCCUUGUAUCGGAUGCCGAGUCACUUCGAGGAGUUUGCUUUCGCACCAAGACAAAUCGUCGGGGCUCUGCUUUUGGGGUUAUCGCCACUGGCUUCUUGUCGGAGGUGUCCUCUCCCGAACAAUCUUGGACUCAUGUGCUGUUGGAUCUCCUUCGAUCGAUCAAGUCUCAGGUCAUUGAACGAAGUGGGGUUGGCGACUUUGAGCCCGACGCGCUUUUCUUUCAAUGGGGGGUUUCCAACGAAGUGCUUUUUGCGCCAUUGGAAUAUGCCUUCGUUUUGCGCUGGCUGCGCCGCUUCGCUUCUGCUUUUGUUCCCUGCGGGGACAACUAUACUUUGCAUAGCUGCAAGGCGACUUUACUUAGCAUCAUGAAUCAGCUUCUACUGGCGCGCGAGCUGAGAUCUCUACAGGGCCACCACAAAUUCGACUCGGCGGCUCUUUAUUCUCGUGACGAUGUAUGGCUUCCUUUAGCGGGACAGCGAGUUGUCAGACGUGCUGUGCUUUCUGGUUGGAGGCCAUUGGCUCCUCAACAUCGUGGCGGCCAGGCCCCUGCUGUGGAGCCCGAAGUUCAGCUAUCAGGUAUUGACGUUAUGGGCGACUGGGAGGACGCGGCCGACUCUAUUGCUUCGGCCCCCUCUUCUUUGCAGUCUCCAUGCAUGGUGUCUCCUGCUUUGCAACCCGAGGUACCAGCAGUCCAGUUGCCGACUUCAUCACCAUCCUCUCCGAGGCCUUUUCCGGAGCAGUCUGCCCAGGCUUUCACAGGCGAGCCUGCAGAGAAGCCGGGUGGGGUCGACAGUGAUGAGGAUGCUUUUGACGAGUUUGAAUUUUUGAUUUCACGGAGUGGCAUUGUGCAUGUGCAAGCUGCUUCUGUUUCCGAUAAGGGCCUUAUGAGGACGGCCUGUGGUAUAUGGUCGGCAAACUUUUCUUUGCUUUCGGACCUGCCAGAGGGAGUGAUUUUCUGCAAGCACAAGGCAUGCCAGUCGGCCCUUUCUCGGGCAGCUUGA